AAAAAGCAGGCUUUCUCUUCUUCUUCUUCUUCUUUAUUUAUCUGGUUCGGCGGCCUAUUGAUUUCAUAAUUCGAGCACCGUCCUACCCAACCAAGACAGACACCCGUUAAGUAGGUUUCUUCCAAUUACAUGAAUGCAAAAGCUAUCUAGUGAAGAAGAUUAAACUCCAAAGCCAUGGGGCAUUCCUACGAGACUGUGAACGAGGAUGAACCAGAUGAUCAUGGCCGAAAGAUUAUAAAGCAGUCUCCUUACCAAUUCUGCAGCAUGUUAUCGUCAUCUUGGUUCCAACUGAGAGUGUUCUAUGUGAGGAUCAGUAAUUGUGAGGUCGACAAUUCAACCCCCGAGUACCUGACUCUCAACCAUAUCCCACUCAGUCCUGAAACCCACCUAGAAGUGAAUGGUGUGAGAAGUAGCAUCUACUCUGAAGGCAUCUCUUCCCUUCUUAGACGAGACCGAGCGGAUAAGAAAUCUGAAGAAGUCACGUUUGUGAGCACAGACAGAAUAAUGAUGAUUGGGAGUGUGAAGUUCGAUAUUCAUGACAAAGACAAACCGGUGCUCUCUGGCAUACUGGAGAUGUCUAAUUGUAAUGGUUCUGUCGAUGAAUUGAAAAGCAAAAGCCAUGGAAAGCAGUGGAGCAUGAGUUGUGAAUCCAAGAUAGUUGCAGGAACAGGAUUCUUGAAGGGAAAACAGUAUGUGGGUCCUGAGUUACUUUCACCAACCAUUGACGUUUAUGUUGCAGGUUGUUUCUCUGGGACUCCUAUCAUCUUGACAAAGACUCUGCAGCUCAGUUUUCGAAAGAAGCACAGAAUAAAAGGGAUGUUGGAUUCAAUCCCAGAGAAUGAAACAACUGAAUGCGAGAAAGAUAAUCCAUCUGAGCUUGCUUUCCAGAUAUCGGAGUACCAGAAAUGUAAACCAGAGACAAUAAAAGACUACGAUGAGCAGUACACAGGAGCAGAAUAUUUAGAAGGUUACGGUGGCGAAUUCUCAUGGUUCAACGCUGGAGUGAGGGUGGGCGUUGGGAUUAGCCUGGGAGUUUGUUUGGGUCUUGGAAUAGGAGUAGGUUUUCUAGUCUGCACUUAUCAAGCAACCACUAGAAGCUUUAAAAGAAGGCUAUUGUAGUCAUAGACUUCCUGGUCUGCUAGUACUGAGGCCUUUUUUUUCUGUUAAUGGAAAGAAAGGUGGGUCUUCUGGAUGGGUGAUACGAAUUCUUAUGGUCUAUAUAUGGUUAAAUUUGAUAAUCAUCCCACUUGCUAUUGUUAUUGUAAAUGGUUAAUUGUACGCUUCUGCUGGUUCCAGGAAUAAGCUCUGCAAUGUUCAUACCUGAAUUAUGAUCAGUUUGAUCCA